UUCUUCCCUAUUCUUAUUCUUCUCCGAUCGAUAACCGCAGGCAACUCACCUGUUCAGUACGAUUCACACCAUGCUAUCGCUGUCAACUGCGGUUUCCCCCGCAACAUCACAGCAUUAAACGGCAGACAAUGGGUUGGAGAAACAGAUUCUGCCACCAAGAUCAUUUUUCAUGGACCUGCAAGUAAAUCAGUCAGCCCUUACUCCAUUGACAACCUCCUCGAUCCCACUCCUUAUAUGACAGCUCGAGCUUCUCGGUCAUCCUUCAACUACACCUUCCAAGUUGGCUCAGGCUACAAGUUCAUCCGCCUUCACUUCUACCCAGUUUCAUACUCUGGUUUCAAGACGUCCGCAGCUUUCAUAACCGUAAAAUCAGGUCCGUAUACACUCCUCAACAAUUUCAGUGCUUUCCUAACAGCCGAUUCUCUAGGCCUCAAAUCCAUUGUAAAAGAAUUCACCCUUUAUGUCCCUGACGACGAGCCCUUAUCAAUUACUUUCUCCCCAUCAAGAGCAAUCCCUUCUGAUGAUGAGACAUUUGCAUUUGUAAAUGGAAUUGAAGUCGUUCCCAUGCCGCUUGGACUUUACUACACCAUGGAGGGAGAUGCAGGGGUGCAUGUUGUAGGGCAGAACUAUCGACUUCCAAUCGGUAAAGCCACUGCAAUGGAGAUGACCCAUCGGUUAAGCGUUGGUGGCAGCUCCCUUUCGUCUGCUCAUGACACAAGUAUGUUCAGGGAGUGGACUGGCGAUUCAAACCAUAUGAUAGAAUCCAGUGUUUUUCCCAUCAAGUCAACAAAUAGAAUCAAGUAUACUGAAACAACAAAAAAUGGCGCACCACAGCGACUGUACCAGACGUCUUGGUCAAUGAACCGAAAUAAGCAAGUUGGGGAAGGAGUUAAUUUUACAUGGAAAUUGCCCGUAGAUUUGGGUUUCAGGUAUCUGAUCAGAUUGCAUUUUUGCGAGCUUGAUUAUGAGGUGAAAGAGAGUGGACAAAAAGAGUUCAACAUUCUCAUAAACAAUCAAAUGGUUGAGUCUCGAGGUGACUUGAUCAGAUGGGGUGGUGAAAUCGGGGUUGCAAUUCUUAAAGAUUACUUGGUGACAAUAAGAGGAGACAAAAUGAUGGGAAAAAAAGAUCUACUAGUGACGUUGUACCCUUGUCACGAGGAGCAGUCAACUGAAUACAUCGAUGCGGUUCUUAAAGGAAUUGAGGUUUUCAAACUGAGCAACCUGGAUGAUAGUCUUGCUGGAGUAAAUCCAGUGAUCUAUAAUCCCCACGCUUCAAUAAACCAUAGACUUAAAAUGCUGUCAACAUAUAGAAAUGGCAUUGCAACUAUUGUUAUAAUUUUGGUUUCUCUUUUGAAUGUCAUCUUUUAUCAAAUUCGUGAAUGGAGAAAAAAAAGUUGGAGUAAAAACGUUUCGCCAUCUCUAAUAGAUGAGGAGUUGUGCAGUAGAUUUUCAUUUGUGCAGAUAAAAUCUGCAACCAACAACUUUGAUAAAGAAUUAGAGAUUGGACAAGGGGGGUUUGGUAAGGUCUACAAAGGAGUUAUUAUUGGCAAAACAGUUGCAAUUAAAAGGUUAAGUUCUGAAUCUAAGCAGGGAGAGAAAGAAUUUAGGUCAGAAAUUGAUAUUCUUUCCAAGCUUCGACACAAACACCUAGUCUCUCUCGUAGGAUAUUGCAACGAGGGUCGUGAGAUGAUUCUUGUUUACGAGUACAUGGAAUAUGGAACUCUCGCAGAUCACCUUCACAAGAAUAAACGUGAUGGUAGUAGCAAUGCAGACGUGACUCCUCUUUCUUGGGAGCAAAGGCUCAAUGUAUGCUUGGGUGCUGCUCGUGGGUUAGAUUACCUGCACACCAAUAGUGUCAAUGACACGAUACAUAGAGAUGUGAAGAGUGAUAACAUUUUGUUGGAUAGGGAUUGGGUUGCCAAAAUUGCAGACUUCGGCAUAUGCAAAGUGGGAACUGCGAUUGAUACUCCCACCCAUAUUAGUACCGAUAUAAAGGGUACUAUUGGUUACCUAGAUCCCCAGUAUUUCUUGACGCGUAGGUUAACCAAAAAAUCUGAUGUUUAUGCAUUCGGUGUGGUUUUGUGGGAAGCAUUAUGUGGGAGGCCAGCCGUUGAUAAUAGAUUAGACAGGGAACAGCGCAGCCUUGUUUUGUGGGUUCAACGCUGCCUCAAGUUAGGAAUAGUUGAUGGAAUCAUUGAUUCGAGUUUGAGGGGACAAAUAUCAACAGGUUCCCUCAAAUUGUACGUUGAUCUUGCAAACCAAUGCUUGCAUAACCAGACUAAUGAACGACCUACAAUGGCUGAAGUCGCACAUGGUCUUGAGACUGUAUUGGCUGCUGCUACUUCUCAAGUUGAGGAAGAGGAGAGCGAUGCUACUAGUGACUUUGGAUCAGAUGGAGAAUAUAAUGAUACCGAUGAAAUAAAUCUAAUCAGUAAUUCCCUUCCACUUAGUACAAUCUCUUCCAUCUCUUCUCAACCAAUGCAAUUAGAUGGUCAAAAUGGUAAUAAUAACUUAAAUGACAGUGGGUUUAACAAUUUGAGCAAUGGCUUUCCUCGAAACAUCAGUCCUGAUGGUGGUGGAAUGGGUCAAAUGAGUCAGAUGGGUGUUGGUGGCAUGCCAAUUUCCGCUGCCGCCCACGGCCUCCCGGCCAUGGAGGGCCCUCCCGAGAUUGUUCGCGGAUAUUUUCAUGGAGGCGGAGUAGAUGGUUCGAUGGGUGGUGAAAAUCCAUACCGUCAACAACAACAACAGCAGCAGCAGAUGAUGAUGGCGAUGAUGCUCCAACAAAGAGCUAACGGGAACGAGAGGUUUCAUCCGAUGAUGUACGCUCGGCCGCCGCCGGCUGUCAACUAUAUGCCGAGGUACCCUUACACUUUUGACCCACCGACACCAACACCGGAUCCGUUCACGCACGCCUUUAAUGAUGAGAACACCAACAGUUGCAGACUCAUGUGA